UACUUACACCAACAACUAAGGCUGCGGAUCAUGAUGUGCCCAUCUCUCCAAAUGAGAUAGUUGAACGUGGAUUCAUGACACAAGCUGAUUUUUAUGAAGCAAGUAUGAAAGCUUUGAGCUUGUUUGAGUUUGGGCAGCGGGUUGCCAAGGAACAUGGACUGAUACUGGUGGACACAAAGUAUGAGUUUGGAAGAAGUAGUGAUGGCUCAAUCUUAUUGAUUGAUGAGAUUCAUACACCCGAUUCCAGCAGAUACUGGCUUGCAGGUUCAUAUGAAGAGCGGUUUAAAAAAGGCAUGGAGCCUGAAAAUGUUGAUAAGGAGUUUCUAAGAUUGUGGUUCAAAGAGAACUGCAAUCCGUAUGAGGACGAGAUCCUGCCUGCUGCCCCAGCAGAACUCGUGACUGAAUUAGCUUGGCGGUAUGUAUUUUGAUCUGUAAACUUUAUUAUAAGAUUGUUCGACUAGAUGCUUUCGAUAUGGAAAGGUACAUUGUCUGUGUACAUGGUUUAGGCUCUGUGAAAUCAGACA